AUGGUCCACAACCCCACUCCCGUCCUACCAGAGGGCUUCCUCUCAACCCCAGCACCGAAAAUUUCCGUCCACCGGAUCGAUUUCACCCAGACACCUCUUCCGGAAUAUGAGGGCCUAUACGCCGUGAUUUGCGACAAUGUUCUCAGCGAGGAGGAAUGCACGCACAUGCUACGAGCGGCCGAGGCCAGCGCGGAGGGGCAUUGGGAGCGGGCGAUGAUCAAUGUGGGAGGUGGCAGGCAGCAAUUGAUGACUGACGCACGCAACUGCGGCCGCAUCAUCUGGGACUCACGAGAGGUUGUGGCGAAGGUCUGGGAGCGCAUUGAGCACAUUGCGGAAGUGCAGGAGAUUGUGAGAUUGCAGGACGUGCCGAGAAUCUUUGGAAAUGGCCCGGCGAAGAGAGGCGAGGUGUGGAAGUUCUCGAGGCCAAAUGAGCGGAUGCGAUUCUUGAAGUAUGAAGGCAAGUGGUAUGCUUCCUGAAUUUCACCUUCACUGCUGACUGGACGAGUAGGUGGAGAAUACUUUAGACCACACUGCGACGGAAGCUACGAGACGCCAGAUAGGAAAGAGAGAUCAUACUUUACAUUGCAUCUGUACCUAAACAACGCCGGAGGACCGACGAACGAGGAGCUUGAAGAGAUGGAGCCGGCAGACCGCAAGAAGCUGGCCAAAGUGGCGCUGAUGGGAGGUGCCACCACCUUCCACUCCCUGACAAGCUUCAAUAAGCCAGAGCGGGAAUACGACGUACUGCCAAAGGUCGGAAGAGUCUUGCUGUUUCAACACCGUGAUUUGCUCCACAGCGGCGCGGAUGUGCUGGGCGGGGUGAAGUACACGAUGCGGACCGAUCUCAUGUACGCACUGGAGAGCUCCAGGACGGAAGGCAACAAGAGCAAGAUGCCAGUGCUGGAUGAUUCGAAAUCGGCGUAG